AUGUACGAAGGGAUUGACAACUUGAAAUCCCUUUACGACCGUGCCGGGGAGACUUUCUCCGGCGGUCCUUCUGCGGCACAGGAUGUGCCGCGUCGUACUGCUCAACCAGACCCAGUACGUCGAUCAUCAGUUGGGAGCGGGGCUCCCAAGAAUCCCAGGACGGGGGAUAGCCGCGACACCGGACGAGAUAACUCGUCCGACGCCCGUUCACGUCGCGGUGGUUCAACAGCUGCUCUACUAGAUAGCGCUGGCCACCGCGAGAGUCCUCUAAUGGAGGUGGAGGAGGAGGAAAGAUGUUCUCCACACGAUCAUGUGGAUCGGUGUGUUCCCGAGAUCUUCUUUGAUCGCGUAACGCAAGGGUUACGCGACGAUCUCGAACAUGAGCGGAAUAGGCGUCUCCAAAUGGCGGACACUGCCUCGAAGCAUCGAGCUGAGUUUGCCUUUGCUCAGCUUGAGAACGAGAGAUCUCUGACAUCUCUGCGUGACGAGCUAAGGGUAGCUCGUGGGAUUGUUGAUCGGUCUCGGGAUGAGAUAGCUGCUCUUCAGACCCUUGUUGAUGCCCACCAUCGGGAGCACAAGGCUCUCUGCGAGAUGCUAGAGCGCAAGGGCGUUCUUCAUCGGAAGAAGCAGCGUACUGAUGGUACGGCUUAA